AUGAAGCUUAACCCUGAAAAGUGUGCGUUCAGAGUAAGCUCCGGUAAAUUUUUAGGUUUCCCGGUGUCACAAAGGGGGAUCGAAAUCAAUCCCGACAAAAUUAAAGCCAUUGAAGACAUUCCAGACCAGCUGACAAAUGUGAAAGAAGUCCAAAGACUAACCGGAAGACUGGCCGCUCUAAGCAGGUUUAUUUCCCGCUCUUCGGAAAAAUGCCAUCACUUUUUCUCACUUCUGAAGAAGAAGAAGAACUUCGAGUGGACUCCAGAAUGUCGACAGGCUCUAAAAGACCCAAAAUGGUAUCUAUCAAGCCCUCUGUUACUAUCAAAACUGGAGGAAGGUGAACAUUUGCUAAUAUACUUAGCGGUCUCGAAGGUAGCGGUACGUGCCGUUUUAGUCCGAGAUGACAAAGACUUUGAGGUCAUCAAAAUCAAAUGCGAUUCCCAACUGGUGGUAAAUCAAGUAUAUGGGAUCUUCGACACCAAGGAGGAACGCAUGCAGGAAUAUGUGGUGAAUGUUCAAACUCUACUCGCACGAUUCAGGGAAUGGUCAAUUACUCACAUCCCAAGAGAAGAUAACACAAAAGCAGAUACAUUGGCUAGUCUGGGCUCAUCCACGGAAAUGAAGGGAUCAGAUUCUGGUACAGUCAUACAGCUUAUGCACUCGGACUGGAGAAAUGAAAUCAUUGACUACCUUGAGCAUGGCAAGCUACCCGAAGAUCCGAAGGUAUCCCGAUCACUCCGCAACAAAGCAAUUGGUUACAACUUCAGGGGAGGACAGUUAUACAGAAGGUCAUUCCAAGGCCUGUUGGCCCUAUGCUUAGGUGCCUCUGAAGCUAAUUACGUGAUGAGAGAGGUUCACGAAGGAAUUUGUGAAAAUCAUUCAGGUGUAGACUUGUUGGUGUUAAAAUUAGUUAGGGCGGGAUACUACUGUCCCCGGAUGGAACAAGACUCUAAGGCAUUCAUUUAG